AUGUUUAAAGCUCUUAUAUUAUUAGUCUCUUUAACAACUGUACUAGCAGAAACUGAUCUUCACAAAUUUGAAGGAGAAUGGUACCAUGUGGCCACCUACUCUGCAGCGUCAGACCUGCAUACCUGUGAUUUGUUUAACAUCACACUCAACGGAAUGCCUUGUGAAUGUGAAGGGAGACCGGCUUCUGGCUUAAAGUUCAGUAUGGUCACGUUACCAGUUAUCGUCGUGAAAGACUACAGCGAGGUAGAAGCCGCAUUAGCACGGAACUGCACCACUCUCAAUGUAAUGAAGACAAUGGCGGUCCGACUGGUAAAUGAUAAUUUCUUUGUAGCAUACGAAAAGUGUUAUAAGUGCACGGAGAAGGAACCGAAUACGGCGAAUCUGAUGGCGAAGUUCCUGCCAUCGAAGAAGGAAUUGGAGAGUUUGGAAGGAAUAGACGAGUUAAAAGGAAGGCGUAGUAUGACUUGUUAUCUUAUACAGUGA